AGUUUACCAGCAUUUGUAAGAAAAUGGCGGUCUCUUCUCAACAUGUAGCAACCUCUGAACUGGAACCAUGGCGAGACCUCAGAGGCAAAAUCGUGAUGGUUACUGGCGCAUCUUCUGGCAUCGGUUGGGAAUUGUGUAUCGACCUAGCAAAAUAUGGUUGCAGGAUCAUUGCUGCUGCUCGUCGAAUUGACCGCCUCAAGGCUUUGUGUGAUGAAAUUAACAAUUUUGGUAACCUGGAGUGUCACCCAAGCCAACGUGGUGUAUUGGCGGUGGCGGUAGAGCUUGACGUUGGAGGCGAUGGUCCAACUAUUGAAGCAUCCAUUCGUAAGGCGUGGGACGCUUUUGGUAGCAUAGAUGCUUUAAUCAACAACGCUGGUAUUAAUGAUGUUCUACAAAGUCCAUUGGAUUUGUCACAAAAAGAUUGGGAUAGAACCUUCAACACAAAUUUACGAGGAUCAUGGUUGGUAACAAAGUACGUUUGCCUUCAAAUGCGCGCUAUUAGUCAAGGAGGAUCCGUAAUCAACAUCUCUUCUGUUGCUGGUCUUCGUGUUCAUCCACAUAAAAAGGUUGCAUAUGCUUCUUCGAAAUCAGCACUUGAUACCAUGACAAAAAUAAUGGCAAUGGAACUUGGAAAACACAAUAUACGAGUGAACUCAAUAGCUCCUGGGAUUUUUAACUCUGAGAUUACGAAGGAACUCAUGAAAAAGAAAUGGAUCAAGAAAGUGGCUUCAAAAACGGUGCCACUGAAAGAUUACGGGACAACUGACCCAUCCAUGACGUCGUUGGUCAGGUUCUUGAUCCUUGACUCGUCAGGUUAUAUUACAGGAAACAUCUUUAUUGUGGAUGCAGGAUUGUCGUUGCCUGGUGUACCACUUUAUUCGUCACUCUAAACAUAGUCGUUGUAAAACUAUGUAAUGUUACGCCAAUAACGAUGUGUACUAUUCGAACAAGACCUUUAACA